UGUGGACUAGCAACUCCUCCCCUCUUCGCGCUGCUUCUGUUAAGUUCUUCCGGUGGACAACAACGGAAUUGUGUUUUUGCUCAUUAUUUUUGUGAGGGUCGUUGGAUGAAGAAUUGAAUAUUUCAGCUAUAGUAGCCGCUUUAUACCCUGAGCUACAGCGUUUGGCUGUGACACAGAACCAACAUGGAUGUCCCGAACCCUCCUGAAGAUCAAGAGCUGAGGAAUGUGAUUGAUAAACUGGCCCAGUUCGUGGCUCGGAAUGGGCCUGAGUUUGAAAAGAUGACCAUGGAGAAGCAGAAGGACAACCCAAAAUUCUCCUUCCUGUUUGGGGGAGAAUAUUUCAGCUACUAUAAGUGCAAACUUGCUAUGGAGCAACAGCAACAUCUUUUCAACCCUGGAAACAAAGAUGUGGUUGACAUUCCCCCUCCAUCAAUGCAGCUGGUUCCUCCACCUCCAAUUGCUCUGUCAGCUGCGCCCUCGAUAGAUGAGCUCAUUCAACAGAGCCAGUGGAACUUGCAGCAGCAAGAGCAGCACCUGCACACUCUCAGACAGGAGCAAGUGACUGCUGCCAUCACCCUGGCAAUGGAGCAGCAGAUCCAGAAGCUUCUGGUAGAAACUCAGUUGGACAUCACAGAGUUCGACAACCUGCUGCAGCCCAUCAUCGACACCUGCACUAAAGAUGCCAUCUCUGCUGGUAAAAACUGGAUGUUCAACAAUGCUAAGGGGCCACAGCACUGUGAACUGAUGGCAUCACAUCUUCGUAAUCGCAUCACUGUUGACAGCGCACAUUUUGAGCUCCGCCUACACCUCAUCUAUUUAACCAAUGACGUUCUUCAUCACUGCCAGCGGAAGCAGCAGAAGGAUUUGUUGGCGGCAUUGCAGAAGGUGGUUGUUCCCAUCUACUGCACUAGUUUUCUAGCAGUAGAGGAAGAGAAGCAGCAGAAGAUUACCCGGUUGCUGCAGCUUUGGGAGAAGAACAGGUAUUUUGAUGAAGAGACCAUCCAGCAGCUGCAGAACCCAGCACUUGGCAUUGGACAGUACCAGGCUUCCCUUAUAACAGAGUAUGCUGCUGUGGUGCAGCCCAUCCAGCUGGCCUUUCAGCAGCAGAUUCAGGCUUUAAAGACCCAACAUGAGAAGUUUGUUACUAGUUUGAAGCAGCAGCAGGCUUGCCCUGCAGGAACAGCAGCUCCCCCUGCUGAAGCUGAAAAAGCCCCGCCUAUUACAACCCAAGCCGGUGCAGGAGAUGUGAAGCCACCUGUGAUUGGCCCUCCUCCUGGAGACUUUGACGGGGCUGCAGUCAGAUCACAAGACCCUAAAAACUCCAGUGGGCCAUCUGAUAUGCCACCCAACAAGCCUACGUGGUUUGAGCCUCAGCAUGUCGGACCCUGGAACCCCAACCAGCCGCCUCCCUUUGACAUGAACCAGCCCCCACCUCCCUGUCCUCCGUGGAACAGUCAUGAGGGAAUGUGGAACGAGCAGAGAGAACCAGGAAACUGGAGUGGAGGUCCUCCGAGAGAUGGAGGCCCCUGGAGUGGGCCAGGGGGUUCUGAGCAGGGUCCCCCGUCUUGGAAUUCAUUUGAUCAGCAGCUCCCCUGGGGGAACCAGACUGAUCAGCCUCCAUGGGGCCAAAGAGAACCCUCAUUUCCACCACGAAUGCAGAGACCUCCCCAUUUCAGAGGACCUUUUGCUCCACACCAGCAGCCUCCCCCAUUUAGCCAGCUCCCACCACCCCCUCACAAUUUUGGAAGAUUCCCACCUCGCUUUGUGCAGGAAGACUUUACUCCCAGACAUCACUAUGACAGACCGCCUUACACCUCACAUCGCUUUGACUAUCCUCAGGGUGGAGAAUAUCCUGGAGAUAUGCCAGGUCCUCCACUUCACCACCACCCCAACCAACGAAUGCCUCCACCAGCUAUAGGAGCCGAUCAUCCUCCGUGGGGUACGGGCCAACACCCAGACUUUGGCCCUCCUCAACAUGGCUUCAAUGGCCACUCCCCUCACAUGCGCCAUCGACAGCAUCCCGUUCAAGAUGACCCAAGUCUGGUUCCAAACGUACCCUAUUUUGACCUGCCAGCAGGUCUAAUGGCUCCAUUGGUUAAGCUUGAAGACUGUGACUAUAAACCGUUGGACCCUAAGGACAUUAGGUUACCCCCUCCUAUGCCGCCCAGUGAUCGGCUACUAGCUGCUGUGGAGGCUUUCUACAGCCCUCCUUCACAUGAUCGACCUCGAAACAGUGAAGGCUGGGAGCAGAAUGGCCUGUAUGAGUUCUUCAGAGCCAAGAUGAGAGCUAGAAGAAAAAAGGAACAGGAGAAAAGAAACAGCGGUCAUGGAGGAAGUCGCUCGAGGAGUCGCUCUCGCAGCAGGAGGAGAUCUUCUUCUCGCUCAAGCUCUCACUCAUCAAAGUCCUCCAGGUCACGUUCUGGUUCAUCUCACUCUCGCAGCCGAUCCCGCUCCUACUCACGAUCCAGGUCCAGGAGCCGAUCCAGGUCUUCUCGGAGCCACUCUGGCUCCAGAUCCAGAUCCCACUCAAAUUCUCCUACUAAGCGCCGUCGUGGUCCAAAAUCCCGGAGCACUUCUCCUUCGUCCACUGCAGGGCUGGGCAGUUCGUCAUCUAAAAUGUCUGCAGACACCAGACUAGGAGAGGAGAAUAAGGGCCACCAGUUGUUAUUAAAGAUGGGUUGGAGCGGUUCUGGUGGCCUUGGGGCCAAAGAACAAGGUAUCCAGGACCCUAUCAAAGGGGGAGAUGUUAGGGAUAAGUGGGACCAGUACAAAGGCGUUGGAGUGUCUUUAGAUGAUCCAUAUGAGAACUACAGAAGGAAUAAAAGCUACAACUUUGUUGCCCGGAUGAAAGCUAGAGAGGAAGUCAACCGGGAAGCCCAGGAGCCUCCAUCUACUGACUGAGGCCCUUGGAAUUCUGUAUCUCUUGGAUCAGAAGUCUGAGCUUUACUGUCCAGGAUGCUUUCACCUCUUGUAAAGAUUUCUCAUCGACUAGAAAGAGUGACAGACAUCACAGUUUUAUUUUAGUGAUAAUGUAUCUGCAUGAGACCUUUCUGUCUCUUAGACAGAAAGGUUAACACUAAAGUAACAAUGAUUGCAUGUUCAAGUUUUCCUUUAGUACAAAAAUCCCAGGUGUAAUAAAUCAGAUCAUCAAAGCCUUCGUCUUAGUUCCACAGAAGCUUGUCUAAAAUGUGUUCUGUAUGUGUCCUUUAGUAGCUGUUUCAUUUAAAUUAGCAAAAGUUGUAUGAUGACACAAAUCAAUAAAUCUAUAUUUUGUGUUUCAGAAAUCAA